GUGGCGGGUACCACUAUUUAAUGCGAAGAAGAUCCGAUCCGAGAAGAACCGAACGUGGUUUUCUUUCUGCUGCUGGAAUACGGAGAGGUUUGAGAAUCAGCACUGUGUCGCGAUGUCUAAUCAUCACCGUUCUUCCUCCAAGAACGGUCUUCCACCUCAAGAACUCCUUGACGAUCUCUGCAGCCGAUUUGUGCUAAAUGUGCCAAAGGAAGAUCUUCAGUCAUUUGAAAGGAUCUUGUUUCUUGUGGAGUACGCACAUUGGUUUUAUGAAGAUAAUUCUGUAGAAAAUAAUCCAUCUCUGAAGUCAUUAAAUCUGAAGGAGUUCACUUCUUUACUGUUCAAUAGCUGUGAUGUUUUGAAGCCUUAUGUGGCCCAUAUAGAUGAUAUUUUCAAGGACUUCACUUCCUAUAAGGUUCGAGUUCCUGUAACUGGGGCAAUAAUUCUUGAUGAAACAUAUGAAAGGUGCUUGCUAGUGAAGGGAUGGAAAGGUUCAAGUUGGAGCUUCCCUCGUGGAAAAAAGAGCAAAGACGAAGAAGAUCAUGCAUGUGCCAUUAGAGAAGUCAUGGAAGAAACAGGUUUUGAUGUUUCAAAACUUCUGAACAAGGAUGAAUACCUUGAAGUUAUUUUUGGACAACAGAGAGUUAGGCUUUACAUUAUUGCUGGAGUGAAAGAUGAUACAGCAUUUGCUCCUCUUACCAAAAAGGAAAUCAGUGAAAUAGCAUGGCACCGGCUUGAUGAACUUCAACCAGCAAGUGAUGAAGUGAUAUCGCGUAGCAUCACCGGCCUUAAGCUUUAUAUGGUGGCCCCUUUUCUAGCAUCAUUGAAAUCAUGGAUUUCAACACACCAACCUGCUAUGGCUCCAAGGCCCGAUUUGCCUCUUAAAGGAAUUUGCGUGUGGAAAGCAAAACCCGGUUCUAUUGGAAGUAGCUCCACAGUAAUGGAUAUCCAGCCAACAAAACCUGAACCUGAUUCUCACACCCCUGACCUGGGGCCUGGCAAGAGCUUUAGGAAUUUCAGAUUUGAUACUGCCUCGAUUUUACAAGCAAUGGAAACUUCCUUUUCUUCUUGAAAGUCCGUCAACCUUCCUGUAAAGUUUCCUGUAACUUAAUCGAUUUCCCAUAUUUCAUCCGUACGCCAAAGUUGGUGGUAUUCACUCUCCACGCUAAUUAGGUUGUUGCUGUACAUCAUCUUCCUCAAGUUGUCUGAUUGAUUGAGUAUGUACAUUGUGUACAGGAAGUAUUUGCACCUAAAUAGUUUUCUCUGUUAUUUUGGUAUUAUCUGUAAAACUAGAGUAAAGGUUCAAUGUAAAAGUUACGCUGCUCCCUACAUUUGCACGCACAUAUUCAUACUCGGUCUCAGGCGGAAUGAAACUGAUUUGUUUGGUAAGCCUAAAUAAAUCUUUGCAAAGUGGCUACUUAAUGGUUACUAUGCAAGUGGUUCA